AUGCAGGGGUACACGGUUGGCACCAGGUUGCGCUACCGGCUGACUCUGGCCACGGGGAUGCUGGAGUGUCUGUGCUUUGCCGGUGUUGUGUUUGGUUAUGCCUCCCUGGUGUUUGUGCUGAAGGAGGAGGGGUACUUCAGCCACCUGUGCGACACUGUCCCUGGCACCAACGGCACGCUGAACAGUACAGACUGUAGCAGACAAGAUGAGCGGUUCUCUCUGGUUUUCACCAUCGCCUCAUUCCUCAACAACUUUAAUAUCGUCAAUGGCUACCUGUUUGAUCGAUUUGGCACCAUGGUGACCAGGCUGCUGGGAAUAUGUUUAUACACCACUGGAACCCUUCUUGUUGCCUUCUCGAGUGCAGCAUUUUCAGAGCUGCUCUUUCCAGCCUUGCCCUGCAUUGCUAUGGGAGGAAUUCUGCUCCUUCUAACUAACAUGCAGGUGGGUAACUUGUUCCCAGUUCACCGCUCGACCAUCAUCACGCUCUACAACGGUGCCUUCGACUCCUCCUCUGCUGUGUUUCUCAUCAUCAAGGUUCUGUAUGAACAGGGAAUCUGUAUUCGCUCCUCCUUCCUUGUUAUGUCCAUCUGCAGCAUCAUCCACCUGCUGAGGACCUUCCUGCUGAUGCCCAGAACCCACAUACCGCACCCUCUGCCACAGUACUACACCUAUGGACUGAACUGUGGAAAGGCCAACACUUACAAUGUGGAGCAGUUUGAGAAGAUGAGGGCCAACACACCACCCGCAGUUGAGGAUGGGACAGACGCCCAAGACUCUGCAAAAGUGACAAGCUUCCGGAGCUGCGUGUUGUCUUGGUUCUUCCUGUGGCACCUGCUGUGGCUGUCCAUCAUGCAGCUGAGACACUACCUCUUCAUCGGCACACUCAACCCCAUGCUCAACCGCCUGGCCAACAACGACCCCGACCUGGUAAGUCAGUACACCAACGCUUUCGCCAUGACCCAGGUGUGUGGAGUGCUGUGUGCUCCCUGGAACGGACUCAUCAUGGACAGACACAAGGGAAAGCCUCUAGCUCCUGGAGAAAGCGAGCAGGAGGUGGACCUGCGCUCCUCCUCUCUGUCUCUGUUCCUGACCUCCCUGCAGUGCCUGCUCUUCUCUGUGUGCGCCACCAUUCCUCUCCUCCAUCUGCAGUAUCUCACCUUUGUUCUACAAGUCCUCAGUCGCUCCUUCCUCUACGGGGGGAACGCAGCCUUCAUUAGCAUCGCUUUUCCAGCGUGUCACUUUGGGAAGCUGUACGGCCUGGUGAUGUCCAUGUCUGCUGUCGUCUCUCUGCUGCAGUACCCCUGCUUCGCCCUCGUCACAGGAACUCUGGAUGGAGACUCCUUUUAUGUGGACAUCGCUCUGACUUUCCUCACAGUGCUGGUGUUUAUUCAUCCCCUCUACGUCUUCAUCCACUGCAGGAAACUCACUCACCACAGGGCGUUGAAUGCGCAGACUGAAGCCGCUAAUGGCUCCAAAGUGUUUGAAACCAUGUUGUAAAGGGGUAAUUAUGUAGAUGUUUUAAUCUCUGUCAAGAUAUUUUACACUUCUCUGUCUUGUUUUGUUCAUUUUUUUUUUACUA